UCCUGGGACCAAGAGUAUGUAGGUCAGAGGUUAAAGUUGACGUCAGAUUGUAAGUUUUCUGAGCUGUGAUCAUCUGUGUUUUCAGCGAUUUUCACAAUGUUUGUAUCGUGUGAGAAGGAACCAAACAUUCCGAAAGGAUACACACUACUCUUGCCUGCAGUGUGUGUAGGGAACGUGGGUCAGCUGACUGUGGACCUGAUUAUCCACACCCUGGACAUGGAGAGGAUCGGCUACCUGCACACAGACUGUCUCCUGCCCAUGGUCGGGAACAACCCCUUCUCUACCUCACAGGACGACGCUUCACAGCUGGCAACUGGCACAGAAGUCUACAGGUCAGGGGAAAAGAACAUUGUUGCAGUCCAGCAGAGAGCACCCCUGGUGAGAGGCAAGCAGUCCGAGUUCAGGAGGAGGCUACUGGAGUGGGCUAAACAGUGUGGCUUCAGCAGGGUGGUACUACUGACCAGCAGUCAUGCGUACGAGAGGAUAGACACACAAAUGACUGGGACCCAGCUGAGAUACCUGCUGAGCCCAGAGUUGGAGAAGUCUGUCGGGGAGGCUGUUGGGGAGUUGAAGUGGACCCAGCUGGAGAGGAGGAGGCUGUACCCUGGGGUGGAGCACAGGGAGGGGGAGGAGCAGACAGGAGUCUUCAUCCCUGGAGGGGGCAUUGCUAGGAAGUUUUACCAGGAAUGCUGUGAGGCAGACUUCCCCCUGGCAGUGUUGCUGACAUUCUGUGCAGAAGGAGACAACAUUCCUGAUGCCUUCUCUUUAGCAAAUUACCUCAACCAAUGGCUGCAGUUAGUGCCUGGCAGGAAGUCUGGAGGUAAAGGAGGCACCCCCCAGGCUGAGUGGAAGAUUCCAAGCUCCUGGACUCUCCUGUUUGGCAGCACCCAUCCCCCUGAUCUGUACUGAUGCAGCUGGUCCAUUCCUACAACCAUGAGAGUUAUAACCAGUACCCCACUCCUGCAACUGUCUGGUUUUGCCUGUUGUCCAAUUUCUGUUACACAUACCAGCAGAUCCAUUACUAAUUUCCCCAGCAACAUAAUUGAUUAAUAAUUGCCCUUUUAAGGCCGUAAUCUGAAAUGCAUCAUUAAUUCUCCUGGGUUUUAUAGGACAGCCUGCUUUCCACAACUUAUCAAAUGUCUGAAUCUGGAGAGGCAUUUAUUUAAAUCUUGCAAU